UUCUGCUGGGGUCCGUACUGGAGUCAGAGGAGACCGGACCCUACUGUGUAUGAGUGGAGUCUAAAGGGACAAAAAAAAGACAACUUUCCUCGCCUCAAAGAGUCUACAUGUCUAAUAUUUAGACAUGUUCAGCUUUGUGGAUAUCCGGCUGGCGCUGUUGCUCAGCGCAACAGUGCUUUUAGCAAGAGGACAAGGCGAGGAUGACCGCACAGGCACCAGCUGCACACUCGAUGGUGUGGUCUACAAUGACCGUGAUGUAUGGAAACCAGAGCCAUGCCAGAUCUGCGUGUGCGACAGCGGAACGGUUAUGUGUGAUGAGGUCAUCUGCGAAGACACAGUCGACUGCCCUAACCCAAUAAUUCCCACAGAUGAGUGCUGCCCCGUUUGUCCAGAUGAGGCAGAAGACCAGAGACCAAAUGUUGAGGGACCCAAGGGUGACCGUGGUGAGAAGGGUGAGAGGGGUCCUGCUGGUCCUCCCGGAAAUGAUGGAAUUCCCGGACAGCCUGGACUUCCUGGACCUCCAGGCCCCCCUGGACCUCCCGGCCUUGGCGGAAACUUUUCUCCUCAAAUGUCUGGCGGUUUUGAUGAGAAGUCUGGUGGUGGUGGCAUGGCCAUCCCAGGACCAAUGGGACCCAUGGGCCCUCGUGGACCCCCUGGACCUCCUGGUCUUUCUGGACCCCAAGGUUUUAAUGGUCCUCCUGGUGAGCCUGGUGAGGCUGGUGCUGCUGGUCCAAUGGGACCACGUGGUCCAGCUGGUCCUCCUGGAAAGAACGGAGAAGAUGGUGAGUCUGGCAAACCUGGUCGUGGUGGUGAGCGUGGUCCCUCUGGCCCACAGGGUGCUCGUGGCUUCCCCGGAACUCCCGGACUUCCCGGUAUCAAGGGACACAGAGGUUUCAGUGGCCUAGAUGGAGCUAAGGGAGACUCUGGACCUGCUGGACCUAAGGGAGAGUCUGGUGCCCCUGGUGAGAAUGGAACUCCUGGAGCCAUGGGACCUCGUGGUCUUCCUGGUGAGAGAGGUCGUGCUGGCCCCUCUGGAGCUGCUGGUGCUCGUGGUAACGAUGGAGCUGCUGGUGCUGCUGGUCCUCCAGGCCCAACUGGACCUGCCGGUUCCCCAGGAUUCCCCGGAGGCCCCGGAGCUAAGGGAGAUGCUGGUCCUCAAGGAUCUCGUGGAACUGAGGGACCUUCUGGUGCUCGUGGUGAGUCUGGUAGCCCUGGCCCUGCUGGUGCUGCUGGACCUGCUGGUAACAAUGGUGCUGAUGGUGCUCCUGGUGCCAAGGGUGUUGCUGGUGCUCCUGGUAUUGCUGGUGCUCCUGGUUUCCCCGGACCUCGUGGCCCUUCUGGACCCACUGGUACUCCUGGCACCCCAGGACCUAAAGGCAACAACGGUGAGGCUGGUGCACACGGAUUCAAGGGAGAUUCUGGUGUCAAGGGAGAGCCUGGUCCUGCCGGAAUUCAAGGCCCACCAGGUCCCGGUGGUGAGGAGGGCAAGAGAGGAGCUCGUGGUGAGCCUGGGUCUGCUGGCGGUCGUGGACCCCCUGGAGAGCGUGGUGCCCCUGGAGCUCGUGGUUUCCCUGGUGCUGAUGGAGCUGGUGGUCCCAAGGGUGCUCCUGGCGAGCGCGGUGGUGUCGGACCAGUUGGGCCUAAGGGCGCCACUGGUGAGCCUGGCCGCAACGGAGAGCCUGGUAUGCCUGGAUCAAAGGGUUUGACUGGUAGCCCUGGCAGCCCUGGAGCUGAUGGAAAGAUGGGACCUUCUGGUUCUGCUGGACAAGAUGGCCGUCCCGGACCCCCAGGCCCCGUUGGAGCCAGAGGUCAGCCUGGUGUGAUGGGAUUCCCUGGACCAAAGGGUGCCGCUGGUGAGGCUGGCAAGUCUGGUGAAAGAGGUCUGAUUGGUGCUAUUGGUGCUCCUGGUGCUUCUGGUAAGGAUGGUGAUCUUGGUGCUCCUGGUGCCCCUGGCCCUGCUGGACCUGCUGGUGAGAGAGGUGAGCCUGGAGCUGCUGGUCCCGCUGGAUUCCAGGGUUUGCCUGGACCUCAGGGUGCUAUUGGUGAGUCUGGCAAGCCUGGUGAGCAGGGUGUGCCCGGAGAAGCUGGAGCUACUGGACCUGCUGGAUCCAGAGGUGACAGAGGAUUCCCUGGUGAGCGUGGUACCCCUGGAGUUGCCGGACCCGCUGGCUCCCGUGGUUCUCCUGGUUCAGCUGGUAACGAUGGUGCCAAGGGUGAGCCUGGUGCCCCAGGUGCUUCUGGUACUCAGGGUUCUCCUGGUCUUCAAGGUAUGCCUGGUGAGCGUGGUGCUUCUGGUCUGCCAGGUCUCAAGGGUGACAGAGGUGACCAAGGUGCCAAGGGUGGUGAUGGUACUGCUGGAAAGGAUGGCAUUCGUGGUUUGACUGGACUUAUUGGACCUCCUGGACCAGCUGGCCCUCAGGGUGACAAGGGAGAGGCUGGAGCUGGUGGACCUGUUGGACCCACUGGUGCUCGUGGAGGUCCGGGAGAGCGUGGUGAGUCUGGUGCUCCUGGACCCGCUGGAUUUGCUGGACCUCCUGGUGCCGAUGGUCAGCCUGGUGCUAAGGGAGAGUCUGGAGACAAUGGUGCUAAGGGUGAUUCCGGUCCUCCCGGACCUGCUGGAGCUACAGGUGUACCUGGACCUCAGGGUCCUGUUGGUUCUACUGGUCCCAAGGGUUCCCGUGGUGCUGCUGGCCCUCCUGGUGCUACUGGUUUCCCUGGUGCUGCUGGUAGAGUUGGUCCUCCUGGCCCUGCUGGUAACUCUGGUCCACCUGGAGUCCCUGGACCUGCCGGAAAGGAAGGUCCCAAAGGUCUGAGAGGUGAGACUGGACCUUCCGGUCGUACUGGUGAGAUGGGUGCUGCUGGCCCCGCUGGAUCACCUGGUGAGAAAGGAAAUCCUGGUGCUGAGGGACCUACUGGAACUUCUGGUAUCCCCGGACCUCAAGGUCUUGCUGGAUCCCGUGGUAUUGUUGGUUUUCCCGGACAGAAAGGAGAGCGCGGUUUCCCUGGUCUCCCCGGACCAUCAGGAGAGCCUGGCAAGCAGGGACCUGGUGGCCUCUCUGGUGAGCGUGGACCUUCUGGACCAACCGGACCCCCUGGACUGGCUGGCCCUUCUGGCGAGCCUGGUCGUGAGGGAAGUCCCGGUAAUGAGGGUCCUUCUGGCCGUGAUGGUGCUGCUGGCCCCAAGGGUGACCGUGGUGAGUCCGGUGCUUCCGGUGCCCCUGGCGCUCCCGGACCCCAUGGUACUCCCGGACCUGUCGGACCUGCAGGAAAGACUGGUGAUCGUGGAGAGUCUGGUCCCGCUGGCCCUGCUGGUUCUGCUGGUCCUUCUGGUCCCCGUGGUCCCUCUGGACCUGCUGGAGCACGUGGAGACAAGGGUGAGGCUGGAGAGGGUGGAGAGAGAGGCAUGAAGGGACACAGAGGAUUUACUGGAAUGCAGGGACCACCUGGACCCUCUGGACCUUCUGGAGAGGCUGGACCUGCUGGUUCCUCUGGCCCUGCUGGACCUAGGGGACCCGCUGGAUCUUCUGGUUCAUCUGGUAAGGAUGGCAUGAGUGGACUUCCUGGACCCAUCGGACCCCCUGGACCUCGUGGUCGCACUGGUGAAAUCGGACCUGCCGGACCCCCAGGACCACCUGGACCCGCUGGAGCUCCUGGACCCUCCGGUGGCGGAUUCGACAUCGGCUUCAUUGCCGCACCCCAGGAGAAGGCCCCGGAUCCCUUCCGUCACUUCCGCGCCGACGACGCCAACGUGAUGCGCGACCGCGACCUGGAGGUUGACACCACCCUGAAGUCUCUGAGCCAGCAGAUCGAGAACAUCCGCAGCCCAGACGGCACCAAGAAGAACCCUGCACGCACCUGCCGUGACCUGAAGAUGUGCCACCCUGACUGGAAGAGCGGCGAGUACUGGAUUGACCCUGACCAGGGCUGCAACCAGGAUGCCAUCAAGGUCUACUGUAACAUGGAGACCGGCGAGACCUGCGUCAACCCAACACAGACCAGCAUUCCCAAGAAGAACUGGUACACAAGCAAGAACAUCAAGGAGAAGAAGCACGUCUGGUUCGGAGAGGCAAUGAGCGAUGGCUACCAGUUUGAGUACGGCAGCGAGGGCUCCAAGCCUGAAGAUGUCAACAUCCAACUCACCUUCCUGCGCCUUAUGUCCACCGAGGCCUCCCAGAACGUCACAUACCACUGCAAGAACAGCAUUGCUUACAUGGAUCAGGCCACAGGCAACCUCAAGAAGGCUCUGCUCCUACAGGGCUCCAACGAGAUCGAGAUCAGAGCAGAGGGCAACAGCCGCUUCACAUACAGCGUCACCGAGGACGGCUGCACGUCGCACACUGGUGCAUGGGGCAAGACAGUCAUCGACUACAAAACAACGAAAACAUCUCGGCUGCCCAUUAUUGACAUUGCUCCUAUGGACGUUGGUGCACCCGAUCAGGAAUUUGGCAUUGAAGUUGGCCCGGUCUGCUUCUUGUAAAAAGGAAAUCUGGACUUGAAAUUGUUCGUGUGUUGUGUGUGUGUUUUCUAGCAGUCAUCUCUCUGAAAUAUUUUUUCUAUGCAUUAAAAAAAAAAUAGACAUCGAUUUGGCUGUCCAAAUGGUCCACUUGCUUAGAACUACGCUUCAGAAGACAGGUUUUGUUAUCAAGCUUUUUUUUUUUGGGACCACUAUUUGCCACCAUCCACACCAAGGAUACUUUAGAAGACUCAUUUGUUUCACUGGCAACAAGAAAAUAAUAUAUACUUUUAAAGUGUAAAAUCCCCCUGGAGUUUAAUACUUAAAAAAAACAACAGUAGAGAGAUACAGGUGACUUUUUUACCACUAAGGAAGGACAAUGAAAAAGAAAAAAACAAAUGCUUUGUACCAUGUUCAGGUGUUAAAUAAAUCUGUAAAAUGACAUGCAGGUGUCUUUGUGUUCUACCCAUCAGAAGGAAUGAACAGAACAUUGUUCCUUUCGAGAGUCACAGAAAGACAGGGGUUCAACUUAGUUUGGAUAUCUUAUGUCUACCUCAGAAUAAGAACCACCAUUAUGACCCAGUGCUUCCAACAUCCCGUAAGGAUUUUACACAGAAGUAUGUUCACGCAUGCAAGUAACAGCUGCAAACGGUGCUAUUUCAUGAGGUCCUGUUAGCUUGAUGUGUUAAGAAUGAUUUCUAACCUAAUGUGCAUCACAUUCUUGCUCGCGGGGCCUUUGGUGCUAAACAAAAAAAAAUCCUAUUCUCUUGCUGUCCAGUUGUAACAUGUGCCUCUCUUGCUGAUAUGUGUUGCCUCAAUCUCGAUCUCUGCAGCCGCCUUUCAUGAUGGAAUCACAAUAAAAGCUUUAAUGCACGUGGUCUUUUCAAGUGUAGAAAUAAGCAGGUGGAGUCUUUUUUUAAAUCUUCCGACCUUUGACACUUUUUGGUUGUUGUCUUUUGGUUUUCUUUACAAAACAAGUAGCAGUGCCCCCUUUUCUUCCCCUUUGUGUCAGGAUUUGUUGAAUUUGUUUUAGCCGGAAGCUUUCUCAAGACGGCAAGAGAAUUAGAACAUCCCAUCAAACUAGCGAGAGAAGCAUACACACAAUAGGGGGGGUUCAAACAAGAUGAUCUGUACCUAUUUUGUAUAUGUAUAAUAAUUUGAGAUGUUUUUAAUUAUUUUGAGUGCUGAAAUAAAGCAUGUUAAGUGGUC